UCACAGACGGUGCUGGGGUGCUCUUGGUGGCAGGCAUCAGCUGGGUUGAUGAAAGGUUGAGGGUUGAGAAAGGAAGGCACGGAGUGGGUGAGGGAGGAGAGCGCCUGCUUCCAUUCCCCGCAUGGAGGAACAGUGUCCUCUUCCAUUAAGGCUCCAUUGCCACCGUUGACUCUCCUGCGGCUAUGUGCACAUGGGAACAGAGGGUCCUAAUGGAGCAAUGGGGCAAGAGACCCUGGCCCUCCGCUGGGCCAUGGCUGCCACCCUGCUCCUGCAGGUGGCUGCAGGGGAGCAUUCCCCAUGGACCUUGCACGGCAAGGCCAGGGUAUUCUCAGACCUGAGUGCUCAAGAGCUGAAGGCGGUGCACAGCUUCCUCUGGUCCAGGACCGAGCUAAGGCUAGAGUCCUCCAAGGCAUCCACCAUGGCCAAGAACACCGUGUUCCUCAUUGAGAUGCUGCUGCCCAAGAAGCAACAUGUGCUGAGAUUUCUGGAUAAAGGUGAAAGACGUCCUGUUCGGGAAGCCCGUGCAGUCAUCUUCUUUGGCGGCCAAGAGCAUCCCAACAUCACUGAGUUUGCUGUGGGGCCCCUGCCUCACCCCUACUACAUGAGGGUGCUGCCCCCCAGGCCUGGACGCCGGCCCUCCUGGGCUUCCAGGCCCAUCUCCUCGGUAGAGUAUACCCUCCUCUACCACACCCUGCAGGAAGCCACCAAGCCCCUGCAUCAGUUUUUCCUGGAUACCACGGGCUUCUCAUUCCAAGACUGCGGCAACCGAUGCCUCACUUUCACUGACGUGGCCCCCCGGGGCUUGGCUUCCGGCCAACGCCGCAGCUGGUUCAUCGUCCAGCGCUGUGUGGAAGGCUACUUCUUGCACCCCACGGGGCUGGAGCUCCUAGUGGACCACGCGAGCACCGAUGCCCGGAGCUGGGCCGUGGAGCAGGUAUGGUACAACGGGAAAUUCUACGCCAGCGUGGAAGAGCUGGCUCGGAAGUACGCCGCGGGGGAGGUAGACGUGGUGGUCCUGGAGGACCUGCGGCCCCGGGGCAAGGGGCAGGAGAGCGCAGAGGAGCCGCCCCUCUUCUCCUCCCACAAGCCGCGAGGGGCCUUCCCCAGCCCCAUGGACGUGAGCGGUCCUCGCCUGGUCCAGCCCCACGGCCCCCGCUACAGGCUGGAGGGCUCCGCCGUGCUCUAUGGGGGCUGGAGCUUCGCCUUCCGCCUGCGCUCCUCGUCGGGGCUGCAGGUCCUGAACGUGCACUUCGGCGGAGAGCGCGUCGCCUACGAGGUCAGUGUGCAGGAGGCGGUGGCGCUGUACGGUGGGCACACGCCUGCGGGCAUGCAGACCAAGUAUGUGGACGUGGGCUGGGGCCUGGGCAGCGUCACUCACGAGUUAGCCCCGGGCGUCGACUGCCCGGAGACCGCCACCUUCCUGGACGCCGUCCACUACUACGACACUGACGACCCUGUGCGCUAUCCCCGAGCCCUCUGCCUCUUUGAGAUGCCCACGGGGGUGCCCCUGCGGCGGCACUUUAAUUCCAACUUUAGCGGAGGCUUCAACUUCUACGCCGGACUGAAGGGCCAGGUGCUGGUGCUGAGGACGACGUCCACCGUCUACAAUUACGAUUACAUUUGGGACAUCAUCUUCUAUCCCAAUGGGGUGAUGGAGGCCAAGAUGCACGCCACCGGCUACGUCCACGCCACCUUCUACACCCCCGAGGGGCUGCGCCACGGCACGCGCCUGCACACCCACCUGGUCGGGAACAUGCACACGCACCUCGUGCACUACCGCGUCGACCUGGACGUGGCAGGCACCAAGAACAGCUUCCAGACCCUACAGAUGAAGCUAGAAAACAUCACCAACCCCUGGAGCCUGACACACCGCCUAGUCCAGCCGACUCUGCAACAGACACAGUACCACCGGGAGCGCCAGGCGGCAUUCCGGUUUGGGCGGACUCUGCCGAGGUACCUGCUCUUCACCAGCCCCAAGGAGAACCCCUGGGGCCACCAGCGCAGCUAUCGCCUGCAGAUCCACUCCAUGGCUGACCAAGUGCUGCCCCCAGGCUGGCAGGAGGAGCAGGCUGUCACCUGGGCCAGGUACCCUCUGGCCGUGACCAGGUACCGGGAGUCGGAGCGGUGCAGCAGCAGCAUCUACAACCAGAACGACCCCUGGGCCCCACCUGUGGUCUUUGAGGAGUUUCUACACAACAAUGAGAACAUUGAAAACGAGGACCUGGUGGCUUGGGUGACUGUGGGCUUCCUGCACAUCCCCCAUUCUGAGGAUAUUCCCAACACAGCCACACCUGGAAACUCUGUGGGCUUUCUGCUCCGGCCCUUCAACUUCUUCCCAGAGGACCCGUCCCUGGCAUCCAGAGAUACGGUGAUUGUGUGGCCUCGGGACAAUGGCCCCAACUAUAUCCAGCGUUGGAUCCCUGAGGACAGAGACUGCUUGAUGCCACCCCCUUUUAGCUACAAUGGGACCUACAUGCCCGUGUGAAGGGCUCUGCCCCCAAUUCCUACCUGGAAGCCAGAGAACCUCCCAAGAAUGCACAAUAAACCUCUCAGAUCC